AAUUUCACGUUGUGUAAAUCUUACUAAGACCGGAAGUUUACGUUUCUAAGGCAAAUACAAAUGGUUGAAAGAUGUCAGGUUUACCGAGGGAAGUUUUAAAAUGGAUACAGAGCCUUGAUUUAACUUGGCAGGUGAAAACACCAAAAUGGGAUAUCACGAAUGGUUACCUUAUAGCAGAGAUUUUUUCCUGGUACUUCCCACAAGACAUUCAGAUGCACUCAUACAACAAUGGUAGAUCAUUAGACUCAAAACAAAAAAAUUGGGAUCUACUAAAGAAUUUUAUAAAAAGACACAAGCUGGAGAUACCUGCUGAUGUUAUUGACGGAACAAUCCACUGUAAAGAAGGUGCAGCAGCUCUCCUGCUAGAAAGAAUGUAUGAAAUACUCACAAACAGAGUUGUUAGGAAACUUCCACCAGAUUUUGAGCCAGACUUCACAGAUCGAGGCUACCAGAACAAAUUACCAAUGCAUGCACGCUCAACUGCAACACAAUCUGUCAAAAAUAAUCUCAGAAUUACAGAGAUACAAGCUGAUUCUAGUCUUAUACUUAAUUCACAAAAGGCUCAGAAAAUCAUCAAUGAGCAUAUAGAUCACAGACGCUUAGAGAGAAAUGAGAAUCCUGACAGAUUCAAUAUCAAACCAUCAAUAGGUGAAUCAAGCUUCCGUCACCCACUGCCUCAGAGACAGGAAGAUGGCAAUCAAGAAGCCAACGGUCCUGAACCAGAACGAACACAAAGCCCCAUGUCAAGAGAAACAAGCGUACAUUUUAAGGAGGUUCAAGUAAAACAACUGGACAAGAAUGCCUUGUACAACAUGCCCAUACAGGGAUAUUGAUUAGAAAGAGACAUUUUAUCAACCUAUUUGUUAUAACUAUUCUUAUUACCCAUUAAAUCACUACAUUUUCCUGA